UUUAGACGAUUCAAAUUCUCAACCGUAUCAGUGAUGUUAUCGCCGCUUUUCCUGCUGACCCUCUUGGCUUUGGCCGCAGCGGCAAAACUGCCGCACAUUCAGCACCUGACAUUGAGGGAUACGGACCAAGUUCACGCGGAGAUCCAGCCCCUGAUUAUAGAUGGCUACGAUGUGCAGGGAGUGGACAAUGUGCCCUACCUGGUGUCCCUGUCCUUGACAAGGGCCACCUAUACCCACUUGUGCGGAGCAUCCAUCAUUGGCAAGCGAUGGCUUCUGACGGCCGCUCAUUGUGUCGAUGAGCUGCGCAGCUUCAACGGAGAUGCCGUGGGAACGCCCGUCUACGCGGGAAUCGUCAACCGGUCCAACGUGACCGCAGCCCAAGUGCGCUACGUGGACUUUGCCACCACACAUCGGUCCUUCAAUGGAAACGCCGGCAGUGACAACAUAGCCCUGCUCCACGUCUCCGAGAGCUUCGAGUACAGCGCUCGCGUUCAGCAGAUCGCCCUGCCCGACAUCAAUGACGACUACAGCAACAAGACAGCCGCCGCCUAUGGCUGGGGACUCACCGACGCCGAUGGCGAUGAGUACUCCAAGGAGCUGCAGUAUGCCUUCGCUCCGCUACUCAACAGCACGGCCUGCAAGGAGUUGCUGCCGGCGGAUGCUCCUCUGACGGCGGAGCAGGUGUGCUCCCAGGUGACGACCUGCUACGGAGACGGAGGCACUCCCCUGGUCUACUGGCCCAUCACUGGACCAGCGGAACUAGUGGGCCUCGGCUCCUGGAGCUACAUGCCGUGCGGCUAUGCCAAGCGGCCCACGGUGUACACCUCUGUGCCCGCCUACAUUGGAUGGAUCCACCAGACGAUCGCCGCCUACUACCAGCUGAACUGAGGCUUGUGGCGCUGAACGGGGAGAUCUUUGCGUAAUACUCUAGCAAUGCAUUACAGUAAACAGCGCGAGUUUUCGUAUCUUAUCACAGAGCUCGUUAACGUGAAUAGAAAA